AUGGCAUCUUGGUUUUCUCAGUUAUCUAGCACCGUUUCCAAUGUCACAGGCUUGGGCACCACCGUCGAGUCUGUUCGCACUGUCGCUGACACGGUCAAGGACGGCCAAUACUAUACCAAGUUAGAUGAGCACGAUCUCGAGUGGACAUGUGCUUCAGGAUCUUCCACAGAGAACCAAGUCUUUUACGUUACCACGAAGACGGGAGGAUUUGCUUUUGUGCAGCUUAUUUAUUCGAGCAUUGGUAUCUGGAACCCCACAAUCUCGUUUACGUGUCGCUUCUAUGAUCCUGGCAAUGGUGUCAACACCUUCAAGAACAUCAACCAAGCAUACCAAUUUGAGUUGUCCGAAGAUCGUCAAAGCGUCAAGACCGAAUUCUUCAACAUCACUUUGGAUCCUACUCGAACGACCUACAAGGUGCAAAUCACUCAUCCUGAACUUGUUGUGUCGCUGGAUUUCAAGCGUGUGGGUGAUGGAUUCAAGGUGGGCGAGGGUAAAACGUAUCUUGGAGGUGGCGACCAAAGCACGGCUGCUGGCUAUGUGUCACACAAGUUCUGGCCUCGUGCAGAAGCCAAAGGCACAUUCAUCAUUGACAAGACGUUACACGAAGUGGAUGGUGAUGGCAUGUUUAUCCAUGCAAUUCAAGGCAUGCAACCACAACUGAUCGCAUCAAAUUGGAACUUUUGCAACUUUCAAUCACCCGAUGGCACCUCUUUGUCGAUGAUGCAAUUCCAAACCACGAAGCAAUAUGGCGCUGUCAACAUCAACCAAGGAUCAGUUGUCCUCAAUGGCAAGCUUAUCACCGUCUCAGUUGACAACCACGUCGAGCUUCUUGAUCUUCAACAUGAUGCAGACACCGAUUAUCAAAUCCCACAAAAGAUCAAGCUCUCAUGGAAAGGAAAGACGAUCAAGGAAGAGGGCAAAGAGGAUGAAGUCAAGGAUGUUUCGGUUGUCAUGGUCGUCAGCGUCAAGAACCUCAUUGACAAGAUCGACAUUCUCAACGAGAUCCCAUGGUUCCUUAAGAAACUUGUCCAGCGAUUCGUUGUCAAGCCAUACAUUUACCAGUGGCUCGAUAAGGCUACUGCUGAGAUCACUGUCGGUGACGAAAAGGUCGAGGUCGAGGGCCAAUGCUUCCAAGAACUUGUCUUUGUUUCCGGUUUCUAG